UUGCUAUUUACCAUUUAGAUUUUUAUCUUCGUUGUUUGGGCGAUCUUUGGAGGAUUCCAGAAUCGCUCGCUCGCUCGCUCGCUCGGUGGUAAUCGACAAAGAGAUCUGGGAGCCUGCUUUGCUGCUUUCUAAUCCUGUCUACGAAGCUCUCUCCUCGGAAUCUCCGCGUCUCGUCUUCUUUUUCCUUCUUGGGCAAUUCCAAGCGGCGCCUUUAUAGGUGGCAUCAACUCCAUAUUAUGGGUGUGGAGGUUGCCAAAGCUAACUUGGAUUUUGCUGAAGUUCAAACCGACAAGGACAUGUCAGUAGAUAGUGAGAAUGUUAGCAUAAAGUUUGGUUCCCAUGGUGUGGAUGAGACAGUUGAGUGGCAAUCUGACAAGGUUGCUGAAUCCAAUCUCCCAACGGAUGUAGCUGAUGAGUGGCCUGAGCCCAGUCAGAUUUACUCCUUCUAUUUUGUUAGAUAUCGUGCAUUUGAAGACCCGAAUCUAAAGGCCAAACUUGAUUUGGCUGAUAAAGAGCUGCAGAAAAAGAAUCAGCUUCGGUCACAGAUCAUUGAUAAACUAAGAGCUAAAAGGGCAGAUCGAUCUGAGCUACUUGCUCAAAUAAGGGCUUUAAGUGCUGAAAACAAACAGUUUAAGUCAAUCAUGGAUGAAAAACGAAAAGAAAUAGAGCCUCUCACGAAGGCUCUCGGCAAGUUGAGAGGUUCUGGUGGUAGAGAUAGAGGUGCAGUCAUAUGUUCAUCUGAGGAAGAACUCAAUGAAGUUAUUAGAAGUUUACAUUAUCGAAUUCAGCAUGAAAGCAUUCCUCUCAGCGAAGAGAAACAAAUCCUAAGGGAAAUAAAGCAGCUUGAAGGGACUAGGGAAAAGGUUAUUGCCAAUGCAACUGAGAGGGCACAGAUUCAGGACACAAUGGGGGAGAAAGAUGCAAUCCGGGACCAGGUUAAAUUGAUCGGAGUGGAUCUUGAUGGAGCUAAAAAGGAAAAACAAGCAAACAAUGUCAAACUUAAGCAGCUUGAUGAAGCAAAAUUGGCAAUAGAAAAGGAGAUAAGUGCAUUGGAGACAGAGCUGACAGCAGUUUCGCAGAAGAGAGACACCGUGUUCGAAACAAUCAAGGAUUUGAGGAAACUGAGAGAAGAAGGGAAUGCACCAUUCUACCAAAACCGGACACUUUUGACCAAAGCAAAAUCACUUGCUGCAAACAAAGACCUCGAUGCACUAACGGAACUUUCAACUACUGAGGUUGAGAAAUUCAUGCCCCUCUGGAAUACUAAUAAAGAUUUCCGUGAUGAUUAUGAAAGAAGAAUUUUGCCCUCUCUUGACACGAGGCAGAUGAGUAAGGAUGGCCGCAUGAGGAAUCCAGGCGAGAAACCACUUGUGCUACCAGAGGCACCUGCACCUGAAACUAGGGUUGUUGAAAAAAGCGUAAAACAGACUGUCCAAGAGGAUGCUGUACCCCUAGCCCAGAUUGAUACUUCUGAGCAGAAAGUUCAGAAAGCUAAGGGUGCAAAAAACCAGAAAGAAGGAAGUAAGAAGGAAACCAAUGUCGAAGAAACUGAACCAGCAGAUCAGGAGUACUAUUCUAGCAACAAAUCACAAAUGGAGAAGAAGGAUGAAGUCGACGAGCAGAAACUUAAGGAGAUGAAGAGACAGGAAGAAAUAGCUAAGCGAAAGCAGGCAGAGGAAAGGAAGAAGAAGCUGGCAGAGAAAGCUGCUGCCAAAGCAGCAAUAAAAGCUCAGAAAGAAGCCGAAAAGAAGCUCAAGGAGCGCGAGAAGAGAGCAAAGAAGAAGACUGGUGGUGGAGCUACUACCGCGGAUCCUGAAGAAUCUACAGAAGCCACUGUCGAGGCUGCUGAACCAGAGAAGAUCGAGGAGAAAGUAGAAAUACCGGCGCCACAGAAGAGCAAGGAUACUAAAGACAGCACAAUCAGGCACAGAAACCGCCCCCGGGGCCAGAAACCCCUUCCGAAAGCCAUCCUCAAGCGCAAGAAAGCAACAAACUAUUGGCUAUGGGGAGGAGCAGCAGCAGCUGCUUUGUUGGCUCUGAUACUUGCAAUAGUCGGAUACAGGUAUCUUAAUUUAAAGAGUUCUGAAACCUAAGGAAUGCGGAAGAGAUGAGGGGUUCUGUCGAUCCUACAAUGCAAACGAGCAGUAUGAUGCAUGAAUCGGUAAGCAGAGUGAUUUUGUUUUCAGGGUUUUUUUUAUUUAAUUGUCUUCUUUUUUGGUAUCUUAUUGAAAUCGAUGGAAUGGAGACUAAUAAUGAGAGGCAGAACAGAGAGGUAUAUGAAACUUAAUUUAGUGUAAAACAACACAGGCAAAUAUCUUGCCAUUUUGAAGUGCUACUGAAAACCUUCUCUUA